AUGUAUAAGAAGUUGUCAAAUAAGCUUCAACAUUCUGAAAUAAAACAGCUUCUAAAUGAAGCCCAAUUGGAUGUAGCAAAGAAUUACGCAACAAACAAGAAAACAUUAGCGGAUUUCAUAAAAGACUACAAUGGUACAAUUAAUUUCAAAAGAAUUCGGGAAUACAUUCAUACAAAAACAUUUCCAAUGAAGAAUAUGGAAGUUGGUUUAUAUAAAACACAACAGGUUCCUCAUAAAAUUUGUAGAGAAAUGUAUGAAAUUACAAAUUCAAACAUUGGUGAAACAAGAACAAGAGAUGAAAACUUAAAACAACAAAGAAGAGAAAUGUUUAAAAGUGGAAUAGAACAACUCCGCAAAGCAAAUGACGUUAUACGUUCAAUAAACAACAAACCAAAUGAAGGAGAAAAAUGGUUAAAGAAAGAUGAAAUAAAUAAAAAGAAAAAUGAUAAAUCUGGAAAUAGAGUUAUUGAAUUUAAUAUUGAAGAAUUAGAUGAACAAAAUAGAGACUAUUUACAUAAACAUUUUGGUAAAUUUUUCAUGAGACUUUUAGAUAAAAUCAAAAUUAAUUCUUCGCAAAGAUGGAUGGUAUGUUAUAAACUUGGUGGAAAGUAUGAAUGUUCUACAUUAAACAUUAGAAACAUUGGUACAUUACUACACCGACUUAAAUCAGAAAAUUUCAUCCAAGCGAAGGAGGCGGAGACGGCAGGAGUUUUAGAAUUACAUUAUGACUUUUUCUUAACUCAUAUUCGAAAUCUAAGUGAAAUAAAAAUGUACGAUUUAACAGAAUAUGAAGGUUUAACAAUGAAUGACAUUAAAAAAGGAACUCCAAAAGCAAGAAAAGCAAGGGAUGAAAGCGAAUUGUCAGAAAGGUAA